AGAAGGAGAGGCACGUCAUCGAGACGACGCGCGAGGCGAACGACCGCGCGGACGAGCGCGUCGGCUGCGCGACGGCCGACGCGCGCGUCGCCGCGGCGUGCGCGUACCGGGCCCGGGGCCUCGCGCUCAAGCGGGCCAAGGACCGGCCCGCCGCGCGGCUCCUGCUCUGGCGCGCGGACUGGCUGCUCCGGGACGACGUGCCCUGCGACCCGCCGCGCGAGGCCGCGCGCCACUGGCACGAGGCGGAGAAGCUCCGCGAGGAGGGCCUCGGCCACGAGGACGGCGACGAGGCCUGGGACGACGUCUGGGCCGACUGCGGCGACGCGGACCUGCGCGCGCUCCGCUGGGUGCUCCGCGGGAACCUCCACUGCGACGCCGCGGCCUGCGCCAUCGAGAGCGGCCACUGGCGCGCGGCGCUCCGCGAGGCGUCCUGGGUCCUCGACGAUGCUCGAAAAGCCGCGGCCGGGCGCCUGAACCGGUGGACGGCGAGCUACCGCUGCGCGCAGGCGCACCGGGGCCUCGGCGACAGCGACGCCGCGAUGGCGUGCCUCGGCGCGCUCCCGACGGACGCCGCGGCGCCGGGCGCGGCGGGCACGCUCGCGCGCGCCGCGGCGCGCGUCAAGGCCGCGCUCGUCGUCGACGAGCGCAAGCUCGCGGGCAUCGGCCGCGCGCUGCUCCACGGCAUCGCCGAGGGCAAGAGCCUCUACGCGGAGGACGAGCUCCGGCGGCGCCGCGCGGCCGCGCGGCGGCUCAAGAAGGAGCAGGACGCGCGCGAGGCGCGCGAGCGCGCGGCGCGCGGCGAGGAGGAGGAGGACCCCUGGGCCGAGGAGCGCAAGCUCACGGAGCUCCACCGCCGCGCGCGCGCGCACCGCGACCGCAUGGACCGCGAGAUGGACGAGACGUGCAGCCUCGAGACCGCGCGGCGCCUCAUGACGCUCCACCGCGACGGCGCGCCCAUCGAGCAGCUCCGCGCGGAGUACGAGGAGAUGGACAAGAACGAGCGCCACGGCAUGCUGCCCAUGAUGAACGACGACGAGCGCGCGGAGCUCGCGGCUGUGCUCGCGGAGUGGUCCACGAAGCUCAACAACGCGCUCCGCGCGGAGAACGAGUCCAAGGGCGACAAGAAGCUCGUGCAGCGCCGCGAGGAGAUCUACCUCGAGUACCGCAAGCGCUACGUGCGCGUCCGCAGCGACAUCGAG